GAGUGAGUGAGAGAAGACGUUCGAGACUUGGUGCUUGGAUUUGUUUUCUUUUUCUUUUUAUACCUGCAGUUAUACCUUGCCGGACUGGUGGAUAUUUGCUGUACCAUUUGGGGGCGACACGAGUGAACCAACUCUGCAUGAAGACGGCAUAUACCUACUACUACUACCUGCUUUGGUAAUGCUGCAUAUGGGGACAAGAAUACCUCUGCAGUGAAAAAGAAGAAGAAGAAGAAAAAUAGCAGCGAAACUCCUCCAAACACCAAAAAGAACACGACAAAAAACGAAGACAAACCAAAAGAAAAAGCCAACCAAACCGCAAAAAUGGCCACCACCACCACCACCACCCCCAACAACAACAACUUCUCCAACGACGCCUACACCUGGUCCAACCUCAGCGGCUGGAAAAGCUACCGCACGCUCCGCCCCUUCCGCGGAAUCUACCACGACAUCCGGCGCCGCCUUCCCUACUACUUAAGCGACCUCACCGACGGCCUCAACUACCGCACUCUCGCCGGCACCAUCCGCAUCUUCUUCGUCAACCUCCUCCCCGCCAUCGCCUUCACCUUGGACAUGCAACGCCGCACAGAUCACUUCUACGGCAUCAACGAAGGUCUCUUCGCAUCCGCUCUCGCCGCCGCCGUAUUUUCCGUUUUUGCCGCUCAACCUCUUACGGUCGUCGGUGUGACGGGUUUGAUUUCGUUGUUUAAUUAUACGACGUAUGAUAUUUGUCAGAGACAGGGCAUUGGGGAGUUGUAUCCGGAGUUUAUGGCUUGGGUGGCGAUUUGGGCGGCUGUGACGCAUUGGAUUACGGCCGUGUGUAAUUGGUGUGAUUAUAUGAGGUAUAUUACGGAUUUUUCGACGAAUUCUUUUGGGAUGUAUGUGUCGAUUAUUUAUAUGAUCAAGGGAGUGGAAGAACUCGUGGCCAACUUCGACGAAGAUGGUGCCAAUCCUGCUGCUGCAGGCUACCUAGGAAUCAUCAUUGCCCUAUGCUUCUGGGCGACAGUAUGGUGGCUCGAAGGCAUGGGCAAUACCACUCUGGGUCGAUCAUAUGCACGAAAGCUCCUCUCCGACUACGCCUACCCCAUUGCAACAAUUUUCUGGACCGGAUUCUCUCACAUCCCCGGACGGAUCAAGGACGCAGAUCUCCCUCGAGUGCCUCAGACUCGAGCCUUUUACCCCAGCACUGACCGGAGUUGGCUCAUUGAGUUUUGGACUCUCGAAGCCCGAUAUGUCUUUGCGGCUCUCCCAAUUGGAGUUCUCCUGACUCUGCUCUUCUACUACGAUCACAACGUCAGCUCUCUCACCGCGCAAGCCCGACAAUUCCCUCUCAAGAAACCCGCAGGUUUCCACUGGGAUUUCUUCCUUCUCGGCAUCACCUGUUUCGUCGGCGGCAUCAUCGGCAUCCCUUUACCCAACGGCCUCAUCCCCCAAGCACCCGUCCACACCGACUCUCUCACCGAGUACUCCGACACUCUCACCAUCACCAAAGAAAAAUCCUGCGAUGACGACUCCGAUUCCGACUCUUCCCUUUCCCCAUCCUCCUCCUCCUCCUCUUCCUCCUGGCAAAUCCACCACCGCAAAAAAAUUAUCCCCCUCCAAGUCCGCGAACAACGCCUCUCCCACAUCCUCAUGACCCUCGGCCUCAUCGGCGUCAUGACCGGCCCCCUCCUCACAGUCCUGCACACGAUGCCCCUGGGCCUCUUCGGCGGCGUCUUCUUCGUAGUCGGCUUCGCCGGAAUCCCCACAUUCAACAUCACCCAAAAUCUCCUCUACUGCCUCUCCGAAUCGCGUUUCACAUCCCCCACCUCCGACCCCCGCCACAAACUCUCCAAACGCCGAAUUUUAUAUUACACAUCUUUCCAAAUCGUGGGCGUCGCGAUUAGUAUUGCGAUUAGUCAAACUAUUGCCGCGAUUGGAUUUCCUGUGAUUAUUACGGCGUUGAUUCCUUUGCGGUGGAUUGUUCUGCCGAGGAUUUUUACGGAACAAGAAUUGUUGGUGCUGGAUGGCCCGACGGCGGAUGCGGAUGUUGUGUUGUGUUCUAUGGGCGGGCAGCCUGAGAGGCCUGAGGUGAGGUUGGCGAGGGAGAAGAGGGGAAAUCAGGGAGUGGAGGGGGGACGGCAGGAAGGUGCUGGUGGUGGUGCUGGUGGUGGUGAUGAAGAGGAUGGGACGGGGACGAGUAGUGGGUUUAUUAGUGAAAAGGGGAAUCAGACCGGUGGAGCGAAUUCGGGGAGUGGUGGGGGGAUGAGGUCGAGAGAUCGGUUUGGAAAGGAUGAGGAGGAGGUGGAGGAGGAAGAGAGAGAGAAGAGGAGGGAGGCAGAAGGUAUUCAUCCUACUGCGGAAACGGGUCAUGCUUAG